AUGUCUUACAGAAUCGCCGCCCCCGAUGAGUACCUCGCCAUCACGGGUAUGUCCGUGAAGUCGGUCAAAAUCACAAAGGCAGCAUGGGUCUGGCCCUUCCAGCGCUGCAUGCGCUUCAGCGUACAGCCCCACGACUACGCCAUGAACCUGCAGGCCAUGACCAAGGAGAAGCUUCAGUUCCUGCUCCCCGUCGUCUUCACCGUCGGUCCCGACGUCAACUCCAGAGGGGCCAACGCGACUCACCCCGGCCACGGUAACUCGGGCGCCGCCUCCAGCCACGCCGAUGAUGAGGACUACAUCCCCGCCAACCGCCGCGAGGACCGCGGCGACGCCCUCAUGAAGUACGCCAUGCUCCUCGCCGAGGCCCUCGACAAGAAGGGCGGCACCAUGGCCCACCUCGAGAACAUCGUCAAGGGUGUCAUUGAGGGUGAGGUCCGUGUGCUGGUCUCCAGCAUGACCAUGGAGGAGAUCUUCACCGAGCGCGAGGUCUUCAAACGCCGCAUCUUCAAGAACAUCCAGUCGGAGCUUUCUCAGUUCGGUCUCGUUAUCUACAACGCCAACGUCAAGGAGCUCAAGGACGCCCCCAACUCCAUCUACUUUGAGUCGCUGUCCCGCAAGGCCCACGAGGGCGCCACGAACCAGGCCCGUAUCGACGUCGCCGAGGCCCAGCUGCGCGGUAAUGUUGGAGAGGCCCAGCGCAAGGGUGAGCAGGACCGUGAGAUCGCAAAGAUCAACGCCGAGACCGCUGUCCAGAAGACGGAGCGUGACAUUGAGCGCGCCACCGCCGAGGCCAACCUCGACACCCGCCAGGCCUCGCUCACCAGGGACGUCGACAUCGCUCGCGUGCAGGCCAGGCGCGCUCUCGAGUCCAAGGACGAGGACCUCAAGAAGGAGGUCGAAGUCAAGCGCGCCGCCGCCGAGAUGGAGCGCCUGCGUGCCACCGACGUCGUCAAGGCCACCAUUGAGCGCGAGGCGAGACAGCAAAAGGCCGACGCAGAGGCCUACGCCGUCGAGGCCGACGCCAAGGCGCACUACGAGAAGAACAAGCGCGAGGCCGAGGCCGCCCAGUACGCCGCCCAGCUCGCUGCAGAGGCCGACCUCGCCGUCGCGCUCAAGAAGGCAGAGGGUGUCGCCGCGAUGGCCGACGCCUACGGCAAGAUGUCCCAGGCCUUUGGCGGCCCCGCCGGCCUCAUCCAGUACCUCAUGAUCGAGAAGGGCACCUACGUCGAGCUGGCCAAGGCCAACGCGGCGGCCAUCCGCGGCCUCGAGCCCAAGAUCAGCGUGUGGAACACCGGCAGCCAGGCCGGCGAGGGCUCCAACGGCAACUCCGGCGUCGACACCAUGCGCAACGUCUACCAGAUGCUGCCCCCCCUGAUGACCACCAUCAACGAGCAGACCGGCAUCACCCUGCCCGAGUGGCAGUUUGGCAAGCUCAACGCUGGCAUGAACGCCAUGCAGGGCGAGCAGGCCGGCAAGCACGCUGUCAACGGCGGCCACUAG